AAAAAGAUCCCAAAUAGAUAAAAGAAAGAGAUUGCUUUUUCUGGUUGGAGGAAUGCAAAUUGGAAAGGGGGACAGAAAAGAAAAGAAAAGAAAACGUGUUUUUGAAGAGUAGAAAGUAAGUGCGGUGAAUGGAAAAGACGAUUUGAGUGUGUUGAUAGCAUUUUAGGUAUCGAAUGAGGUGAAUAUCUCCCAAUAAUCUGAAGCAGUGUGUCUGUGCAUGGCGUCAGAAACGGCGUCGUUGGUUGAAAUUGAAACGACGACUGUGUCUGAGAAAAUAGGGAAGCAUAGGAUUCUUGCAGAACUCAAGCGCCUCGAUCAAGACAUCAAAUUCCUUCAGGAAGAAUUGGAAGAGCUUGAGAAAGCAGAUAAUGUGUCAAUCAUAUGCAUAGGUUUGCUGCAAAACGUGGAAAGUAGGCCUGAUCCACUUCUUCCCGAAAUCCAUGGAGCAGUAAACGUGUUAUGGGAUCGAUGGUUUGAAGGUCCUCAGGAGCCACACGAAUGUACAUGUUUGAUUCUAUGACUUUAAUUAGAGCGUAAUUGAGGAUAUGUACAAGUACAAUUAUUCUUUUUAACGAACAAAUCCUUGGUUUCA